AUGCACGCUGAGCCGGGAAGGGAGCCGGCCGUCUAUAUUUUAGUACCCAUUCCUCCCCCUCCUCCCCUGGCCUCUCUUAAUCAUCCGUCCUCCUUCCUGUCAGACGUGUCUGUGAAGGCCGGCCAAACCAAACACGGACACGGGGUCGGCACGCUCCCGCUCGCCUCCCCGGCAAAUCAGAGCCAGCAGGAUACAGCGCGUGUCGCACGAGCCUCUCGUUAUGACCCCGGAGGAACCCUCCAGCUUUCGUCGGCCGGAGAGACAAUAUCAGAUCUCCUUCAGAGGAACCCCCCCGCCCUCCCCUUUUAUGGCUGCAGCCCUCGGGAAGUCUCAGGGAAACACACACAACCAACCUUCCACCCUGCAGCAGUUGAUCCUCACCCAGUCGUAAACACGUACAUCCCGUCCGCCGAGGCUUUAGCAAACAGCAGGCGCCGCGAGGCCACCGAUAACCUGGCGGAGUAUCAGAUGGAGCGCGUCGUGGAAUUAAGCGCUAAUAUUUACGCUUCUAUUCACACCGUGUAUCUUUUGUGUCUCUUAGGCAAAGACGAGCCAUCCAGCUACAUCUGCACAACAUGCAAGCAGACCUUCAACAGCGCCUGGUUCCUUCUUCAGCAUGCGCAGAACAUCCACGGCAUCCGAAUCUACCUGGACAACCACCCUUCCGGCUGCUUCCUCACUCCGCGUAUGGCGUUACCCCCUCCGUUGGGAGUAGAUGCCCUCCCUCGCUCACCUCUCGCAAGUUUUCUAGGGGACAACACCAACCCGUUCCACUUGCUCCGCAUGGCUGCGCCUUUCCUGCGAGAACCUCAGCCUGGCGGAUACAUGGAAACCCGUCUGCCACAAACCCCGCCGUUUGUAAGCCCACCUCCGCCACCUCGUCACCCCCUAGAGCGUCUAGGCCCAGAAGAGAUGGGUAUUCUUACCCAGCAUCCCAGUGCCUUCGAGCGGGUGAUGCGUUUAGGACCGAUACCCAUGGAGCCACCCUCCAUGGACUUCUCGCGCCGCCUCCGUGACCUGGCCAGCAACAACAAUAACGGAGGACCCACACCUCCUCUCUCUCCCAAUCGUGUACCCCCUGUGCACAGGCUCCUCAGUCCCACCCUGUUUCAACCCGGUGCCAAGCCCGGACCGUUCCUAGGAGCCCCGGCCCAGCCCCUGCCGGCUGCCCCCAGACCCAGCUCUUCACCGACCUUGAGUCAAACAGGCAAGGUCAAGUCCUGCGAGUUCUGCGGCAAGACCUUCAAGUUCCAGAGCAACCUGAUAGUGCACCGGCGCAGUCACACCGGAGAGAGGCCCUAUAAGUGUCACCUGUGCGAUCACGCGUGCUCUCAGGCCAGCAAGCUCAAGCGGCACAUGAAGACCCACAUGCACAAGUCGGGCUCGGUGGGCAGCUCGCCCGAGAGGGGUGGCCGUGAUCUGACAGGAGAUGAGCUGAAGAGUGGAGAGGGCAGGGAAAGUCUGGAGAACGAGGAGGACGAAGAAGAGGAGGAGGAAGAGGACGAAGAGGAGGAGGAAAUGGAAGAGCAACAGAACGGCAGCAGCAGACCUGGGUCCAAUUUCAGCAUGGACUUAGAGCUGAGCAGGAACAGAGAGAACGAGUUGCGGCCCUCAGCGAAUGAAAAGCCCAUCUCCAAUGACAGAGAAAGCCAAUACAAUAACGUUGACAAUCACCUGAGACUGCCUCAGGGCACCAAGCCAAGGGAGGAGACAGACUCGUCCGCCAGGAUAAUGGAUGUAGAAGGUCGACCCAUGGUAAAUGGCCGGGGGUGCGGACCUGAGGACUCCAUGCCAAGCUUGUUCCAGCAUAAACCGCCAUCCAUCAUCAACCAGAGACUCUCCAGCUCCUCCGCCAAGAGAAUCAAAAUUGAGAAGGAUCUGGAGCUUCCACCCUUGCCUCUUAUAUCUUCUGAAAAUGUGUACUCUCAGCUCCUGGCUGGCUACGCCGCCUCCCGCCACUUCAUCAGGGAGCCCUUCCUGGGCUUUGGCGACUCCCGACAGUCUCCGUUCGCCACCUCCUCCGAGCAUUCGUCCUCCGAGACCGGCAGCUUGCGCUUCUCCACACCCCCCGGAGAGCUUCUAGAGGGCGGUCCGCUGUCGGGACGGAGCGGCAGCAGCACGCCACACCUCCAGCUCCGAGGCCCCGGUCCCGGCAGGCCGCCCGGCUCCAAGGAGAGCCGCCGGAGCGACACGUGCGAGUACUGCGGCAAGGUGUUCAAGAACUGCAGCAACCUGACGGUGCAUCGGCGCAGCCACACGGGCGAGAGGCCGUACAAAUGCGACCUGUGCAGCUACGCCUGCGCCCAAAGCAGCAAGCUCACGCGCCACAUGAAGACCCACGGCCAGUUCGGCAAAGAUGUGUACCGCUGCGACAUCUGCCACAUGCCCUUUAGUGUUUACAGCACGCUGGAGAAACACAUGAAGAAGUGGCACGGAGAACAUUUGAUGAGCAACGAUGUCAAACUGGAGCAGACCGACCGAGCCUGAGACUCUCUGGGUUCAGACGGAUAAUCUUUUGGAUAAAUAUUUCGGACGAUAGACUUUGGGGGAUGAUUCGUUCGUUUGUUGUUUCGUUUCAGUUUUGUGUGUUUUUAAAGCUAGCGCCACCUGAGAAAUACGAACAGUUCAUGUUUGUGGAUGGAUCUGAAAAAAACGCCCUGCCGGCAUACGCCGCACCCGACACGAAUCUUGUCCAUUAUGAGUUCAUGGAGCCUUUUCUACCGUGCAAUAAUUUCUGUAUUUAUUGGAUCACGUCUUGAUGAUACACGGCACGUGCAGGUUUCAUUUUGCCAUGUGCAGGGUUCUUUGUUAGAUUAAGUUAAGAUAUGACACAUACUGAGAUUUGGGCAUUUUUACUACCUUUACCUUAAGCGAUUUCCUGAAAGGAAGAAAAU